CCGCGCGCGCCGUCCGCCUCCGCCUCUCGGCGCCCUUAUUUCGGCUGCGAGGGGCGGGCGCGCGCGUAAAGGCAUAGAGACGGGCGUUCAGCUCCCGGGCUAGAGCGUCGCCGAGUCGGAGCCGGAGCCCGAGCCGCGCGCUGUGUCUCCGCUUGCGUCCGCCGAAGCCCCCGAGUGUCAGGGACAAAAGCCGCCGCCGCGCCGCCUGCUCCCGCCGCCGGGGCACAUCCGCCGCUGCCGCCGCCCUGAGGAGGAUUCGCCGCCGUCGUCACCCGUGUGGAUCCGAGAGUCAUGUCGGCCAGCAGCCUCUUGGAGCAGAGACCAAAAGGUCAAGGAAACAAAGUACAAAAUGGAUCUGUACAUCAAAAGGAUGGAUUAAAUGAUGAUGAUUUUGAGCCGUACUUGAGUCCGCAGGCGAGGCCCAAUAAUGCCUAUACUGCCAUGUCAGAUUCCUACUUACCCAGUUACUACAGUCCCUCCAUUGGCUUCUCCUAUUCUUUGGGUGAAGCUGCUUGGUCUACUGGGGGUGACACAGCCAUGCCCUACCUAGCUUCUUAUGGACAGCUGAGCAACGGAGAGCCUCACUUCCUACCAGAUGCAAUGUUUGGACAACCAGGAGCCCUAGGUAGCACUCCAUUUCUUGGUCAGCAUGGUUUUAAUUUCUUUCCCAGUGGGAUUGAUUUCUCAGCUUGGGGAAAUAACAGUUCUCAGGGACAGUCUACUCAGAGCUCUGGAUAUAGUAGCAAUUAUGCUUAUGCACCUAGCUCCUUAGGUGGAGCCAUGAUUGAUGGACAGUCAGCUUUUGCCAGUGAGACCCUCAAUAAGGCUCCUGGCAUGAACACUAUAGACCAAGGGAUGGCAGCACUGAAGUUGGGUAGCACAGAAGUUGCAAGCAAUGUUCCAAAAGUUGUGGGUUCUGCUGUUGGUAGUGGGUCCAUUACUAGUAACAUUGUGGCUUCCAGUAGUUUGCCUCCAGCUACCAUUGCUCCUCCAAAACCAGCAUCUUGGGCUGAUAUUGCUAGCAAGCCUGCAAAACAGCAACCUAAGUUGAAGACCAAGAAUGGCAUUGCAGGAUCAAGUCUUCCACCACCCCCAAUAAAGCAUAACAUGGAUAUUGGAACUUGGGAUAACAAGGGUCCUGUGGCAAAAGCCCCCUCACAGGCUUUGGUUCAGAAUAUAGGUCAACAACCAAACCAGGGGUCUCCCCAGCCUGUAGGUCAGCAGGCUAACAGUAGCCCACCAGUGGCUCAGGCAUCAGUAGGGCAACAGACACAGCCAUUGCCCCCACCUCCACCACAGCCUGCGCAGCUCUCAGUCCAGCAACAGGCAACUCAGCCAACCCGCUGGGUAGCACCUCGGAACCGUGGCAGUGGGUUUGGUCAUAAUGGGGUGGAUGGUAAUGGAGUAGGACAAUCUCAGGCUGGAUCUGGAUCUGCUCCUUCAGAACCUCACCCAGUGUUGGAGAAGCUGCGGUCCAUUAAUAACUAUAACCCCAAGGAUUUUGACUGGAAUCUGAAACAUGGCCGGGUUUUCAUCAUUAAGAGCUACUCUGAGGACGAUAUCCACCGUUCUAUUAAGUACAAUAUUUGGUGCAGCACAGAGCAUGGUAACAAGAGACUGGAUGCUGCUUAUCGCUCCAUGAACGGGAAAGGCCCCGUUUACUUACUUUUCAGUGUCAACGGCAGUGGACACUUUUGUGGCGUUGCAGAAAUGAAAUCUGCUGUGGACUACAACACAUGUGCAGGUGUGUGGUCCCAGGACAAAUGGAAGGGUCGUUUUGAUGUCAGGUGGAUUUUUGUGAAGGACGUUCCCAAUAGCCAACUGCGACACAUUCGCCUAGAGAACAACGAGAAUAAACCGGUGACCAACUCCAGGGACACUCAGGAAGUGCCUCUGGAAAAGGCUAAGCAGGUGUUGAAAAUCAUAGCCAGCUACAAGCACACCACUUCCAUUUUUGAUGACUUCUCACACUAUGAGAAACGCCAAGAGGAAGAAGAAAGUGUUAAAAAGGGUCCAACCCUUAGACUGAAGAGGGCACAAGAGUGAAAGAGAAGUCAGUUAAGAGGCUGUGGCAAAGUCCAGGAACGUCAAGGUCGUGGGAAAUAGAAGGCAGUUCUGCACAGACUGCAGCAACGGUUGCGUCUGCACAUCCUAAGAGGAAAAAUAUGACCUUCAAGAGAAUUAGGACAUUUUUCUUAAUUUCAUUGACUUCAGAGACGA